AUGGAGGAGGACGAAAGGCGGUUUUCGUUUCCGCCGCCGGCGCCCCUCCAUUCGCCCGGGGAAGAGAUAGACGGCUCGCGCCUUCUGGGAGAGAUAGUGCGCACUCUAGAGGCAACUAAUCCGGAGGCCGCUGCACCCCUGGUAGCGUCGCAGUCGAAGGAUGCCCUCGACACGGAAUGCGAGAAACCGCGCCGGGAGGAACUGCGCAUUCCCCUGGACGUCACGUUCUCCGAACCGCCUCCGGGACGCAGCGAUGAGCCGCGCGCGGUCGUUACCCCGUUCACGCGGGAGUCAGCCAAGCGGGCUGGCUCCAGAGGUGCCCAGCUCGUCAGAGAGUUCGGGUUCAUGCCGCGGCGGAGACUCAGCGUCGAAGACGGGGCGCGACUGCCGCGGAAGUUUGAACCGUUCCCGCCUAAACUGUACGGACGACCGCUGGAGGAGAUCGACAAUUUUAUUUACGAUGAGGUAAGUUUUUAUUAA